AUGUUUGAUGUUUACGGCUUUGAAAAGCGUUCAUUAGCGAAUUAUCUUUUCAUCAUCCCUGACUCACUCAAUUGUUUAAGCACUGAAGCAAUCUUCAACCGACAGUUAAGGGAAAGAAAAAUGUUUCCAAAAACAGGAGAAAAUAUCAACAGCAGCAGCAGACAAGCUCAGGAAUUUAAUAUUAAAACAUCAUAA